GACUGCCAUUUAUGAAGCGCUACUAAAAAGGGCGUAAAAUAAGACACAAAUCAAAUGUAUUUUCAAGCGCACACAAGUUAUUUUACAACUGUUGUGGAAUAUGGCGCAAUUUCAUUUAUACUCUAAUAGCCAUAAUAAACAUGGCACAUCUUCUGAACCUAUUAUAGAUGUAAAUCGUGUUGAUAGUGAACAUGUUCCACUUUGUUCUGUUAAUGAUGUCCAAUUACGAUUUUUGGUUCCAGAUGACUUGGCUGAGGUACGAACAUUAUGCCAAGACUGGUUUCCCAUCGAUUAUCCAUUAUCCUGGUACGAGGAUAUAACUUCCAGUUCUAGAUUUUUCUCCUUGGCUGCUGUAUAUAAUUUAGCUAUAAUAGGUUUAAUUGUAGCUGAAAUUAAACCAUAUCGAAAUUUAAACAAAGAGGAUAAAGGUAUUUUACCCGAUAAUAUGGGUAAAACUGCUGAUAUUGGCUAUAUUUUAUCACUGGGUGUACAUCGAAAACAUCGACGCAAUGGCAUCGCCUCAUUACUAUUGGAUGCUUUGAUAAAUCAUUUGACAACGGCCGAGAGACAGUCAGUAAAAGCAAUAUUUUUACAUGUGUUAACUACAAAUCAACCUGCCAUACUAUUUUAUGAAAAACGAAGAUUUAGCCUGCAUUCUUUCCUGCCUUACUACUAUCAUAUAAGAGGCAAAGGUCAACGUGAUGGUUUUACAUAUGUGACCUAUAUAAAUGGUGGUCAUCAACCAUGGACGUUAUUAGAUCAUAUAAAAGAUUAUGCAUCGAAACUACGACAUACUGGUGAAGUUUUUAAAUGGGUUUCGACACGUGUCAGACAAGUGGUACGAUGGAUAUGCCACAAAACAGUAUCACGCUUUAAUUUUGCCCAUUGA